CCGGAGAGUCUCGGUGAGGUUCGCUGUCAAAACCGCUGCUGCAAAGAGGGCAGAGACCGUGUUUUUGCAGAUAUCUAUCAUCAUUUCUCGGGUUAAGUGGGUGCUGUGGCAUAAUAAAACACAUUUACUCCUGUUAAGCGAAGCAACCGGCCUCUCCACAAAUGCAAGCUAUUAAAUGCGUGGUUGUCGGCGACGGGGCGGUGGGUAAAACCUGUCUGCUGAUCAGCUACACCACCAAUGCCUUCCCUGGCGAGUACAUCCCUACAGUAUUUGACAACUACUCCGCCAAUGUGAUGGUCGAUGGCAAACCGGUCAACCUUGGCUUAUGGGACACAGCAGGACAGGAAGACUAUGAUCGCCUCCGUCCGCUCUCGUACCCGCAGACGGAUGUGUUUUUAAUAUGCUUCUCAUUGGUGAGCCCAGCAUCCUUUGAGAAUGUCCGUGCAAAGUGGUACCCUGAGGUGCGACAUCACUGCCCCAACACACCCAUCAUCCUGGUGGGCACCAAACUGGAUCUGCGAGAUGAUAAGGACACCAUAGAGAGGCUGCGGGACAAAAAGCUGUCGCCCAUCACCUACCCUCAGGGUCUGGCCAUGGCCCGAGAGAUCGGUGCAGUGAAGUAUCUGGAAUGCUCUGCUCUGACUCAGCGCGGUCUAAAGACUGUAUUUGACGAAGCCAUCCGCGCCGUCCUCUGCCCUCCGCCCAUCAAAAAACGCGGCAAGCGCUGCACUCUCUUCUGAAUAAACGCCACAACAGUUCCUGGCACUCCACACAAAACUACAAUAUUUUUAAUCAGCCUCUUGGAGAAUAUAUUGUACUACUCUCACAGGUUCGGUGACAGCCGUCCAUCAAGUUCUAAUGCACAUUACAUGAAAAUGAACCAUUGGCUAGAUGCGUCCAGUCGGAGGGAAGCCUUGUGGUAGAAGGCGUUUUUUUUUUUUCGCGGCCUCACACGCCCAGAGACGUAAUAUUCCAUUUCAAAUCGUUUAGUUGAGAAGUUUUAGUGGUACAGUGUAAUUGUUGACAUACUGUAAGGAAGUGUUUCUUGGUGUUGUAAAGGAAGCGUGUCAAAGAAAUGGGAUCUUGUAUAAAGCUAACCAUUCGCAGUAUUAGCGUUGCUGAUGGUGUUAAAGUCAACAUGAAACGGCAUUCGUGACACAUUUUACAUUCGUAACGAGCAAAACAAGAUAUUCAGUGAAAAAGAAAUGUUGCAAAUGUUUGGAAUGUGGAAGUGUAGGUUGUCAUGGAAGGGUUAACGUUUUGCAUCUCAAACAUUGUGUUUUUAAAUACGUUUUUUUUUUCUUGGUUAUGCAAACGUUACAUUACGUUUUAUAAUUUUGCAAACAUUUCGGGAAUGUUACUUUCGAAUGUUCGCUGAACGUUCUGAAACAAGUAGUUACAUUUAAAAAGCAGAAUGUUUCAGAAAUCAAACUUGUGUAUCAUUUGUGUGCUAACAUUUUAAGAACAUUAUUAAAGACGCUGAAUGAACACUGUAUUAAUAUUACUGGAAAAACAUAUGUUCAUAACUUUUUCCAGAAUGUUAGUCAAACUGACGUUAUGUUGUCAUUACAUUUUUUUUUCUAUGCAAACGUUACGCGAACAUUCCAUUUUAUCAUUUUGCAAACAGUAUUGGAAUGUUACUUCAGAAUGUUCUCUGAAGGUUCUGAAACAAUAGUAACUUUCGAAAAACAGUGUUUCAGAAUUAAAUGUUUCUGCUAACAUUAUUAAAGACCUGAUAACUCUUUUUUUGGAAUAACGUGCAUUGCUGAAGAACUGAAAUAGGGUCCGUUUGAUUUCAUGUUGACUUUAAAGCCUCAUGCAUUUAUGAACACUAGAUGUUUUCUUCUUCUCAACUCUUUAACAACUGGGCCGUUCCAAACUCUGAGGAGGGAAACUGUGAAACUCGCACAUUUAUGUUGAUACAAACUAAUCGAUGCAGUUUAGUGAAUACACUGGUUUUGGAUUUUCUUUCUUUUCUAGUUUUUUAUGUACCGAUAAACCACUGAUGAAGGGUUUUAUGGUACAGCUUCACGAUCCGGAUUCUCUGCGCUCUGUCUGAACAAAUGUCCAUCAGUGGGUGUGUACGAGUGAGUUGCAUGCCACAACCAGAAGCCUGACCGUGUCUGUAACUGAAGGGCGUGCAUGGGCAUUUGUUCUUGAUCUUGAACCGUGUUAAUACGUGUCUGCAUGUGGUGUGAGUGUGGGCGUUCGUCUGUGACGUGGUUGGCUGUCGGGUGUGUGUCUACAUGAUCACAAACAGUAUCCUGCAUCGGUCCUUUCUCUCACCUGACUUUGUAAAUAACUCUCAAAAUGGACAAAAAAAAAAACAAGAUCUUCAUAGCUGCCAAAAGACAUUUCCAUGAUGUAAGAUAGUAUAUUUACAAAAUGUUUUAGACGAGCAAUGCAUUAAUUAAUUAAUAAAUCUAUUCAUGUUUUACCCUUA